AUGUUGGCUUAUUAUCGGCAGGCGAUUGAUUUUUUGACCCCUCAGCACUCGCACCCACAGAUACUGAGUGACAGCCGACCUCGUCACGACAUCACGGAUGCUGAUACGUUGUCACGCAAGAUGUGGAUUGAGAUAUCUCCCGGGAUGGAUGCUGAACAGGGUAGUAGGGAGGAGUGGAUGGCUAGCGCCAACGAGUAUUACGACUUAUGUCAUGGAGUUGGGGACAUGUGGCCCGAGUUUAGGAGGAAGUCGGGUUUUCUAACACCUCCACAGUAG